GUGGUAAAGGGAGGAAGGAGGUGGGGGAGCGGGGGAGCGGGGGGGAGGGGGGGGGGGGGGAGGGGGAGAACUCGCGCGGCCGGCGAGAAAAAGGGGGUGGAGAGGGUGAGAGAAGGGAGAAAGCAGAAGGAAGAAGGGUAGGGGAGGGGAGGUGGGUAGAGAUGGCAGGGGGUGGAGAAGAGAUAGAGCUGAAGUUUCGACUGAUCGAUGGAACAGACAUCGGACCGUUAAAAUUCGCUCCCACGGCGACUGUGGCGCAGAUGAAGGAGAGCAUCAUACAGGCCUGGCCUACGGACAAGGAGGGAGGUCCGACGGCCAUUCAAGACAUGAAGCUGAUAAAUGGAGGCAAGAUUUUAGAAAAUAAUCUUACUCUUGCAGAGUCCAGGGUUCCCCUAGGAGAAGCUGGUGCUGGCAUUGCAAUAACAAUGCAUUUGGUAGUACGGCAGCCGACAAACGAUAAAUCACAAGAAAAGCCGUACGCGAAGGUGCCGAAAGACGACAAAUGUGGGCGGUGUGUCAUUCUCUGAGAAUGAAAGAAUGUGUGCGCGUUGAGUCAUUGGCAUGAUACUCAACAUUCCACACGUAUCUGGACUGCUUAAGAGACCAGAUACCCUCCCACUGAUCGAACAUUUCGAAUGUAUUGCGACCAUUCCAAGCUGCAGAUACAUUUAGAACGUUGUGCAGUGGAGCGAGCCCCAUAUUGUUGCAGUAGCUGGUGAGGUGUCAGAGUCUGGAGGACUGGCCAGUGUUUGGGCCUCUCAGAGAUCGAAGUGACAUGUGUUUCCGGCCUGCUACGAACAUGAUCGGUGGCUGUUUGUCUAUUCGAUGAUGGUUACCUAUUCCGAGGCAGCGGCGACAUACCGAUACGUGGGAGGCAUGUGCCCAUCAUCCGAUGAUUUGUUUGUUGGCCAUGAAGCCUCAUCCCUUCUUUGCAGACACUGAGUCCAGACACGGAGCUGAUUGAUCUUGUUG